GACGUGUGCUGCGGGGCGCGGCAGAGUGAAGCGCCAGAAGCCACGCAGGAAAGCGUCCAUUCGACUGCCACCGAGAGCGGGAAGGGGCCGCGGGCCAAUUACGCAAAGGUGACAAGCCGGUCGCAACCUUCGGAGUCAGCCACUCAUCUAUCCUUGGUCACCGGGACCAGCCAACACCAUUUUUUGAGCUUAACUCCUUAUUACCGAUCAACCGUGAGCUCCCAGAUUCAUCAGAAUUAUUCCACCGAGGUGUAGGCCGCCGACAACCACCUGGUCAACAUGCAUCUGCGGGCCUCCUGCACCUACCUCUCUCUGGGCUUCUAUUUCGACCGCGACGAUGUGGCUCUGGAGGGCGUGGGCCACUUUUUCCGCGAAUUGGCCAAAGAGAAGCGUGAGGGCGCCGAGCACCUCUUGAAAAGGCAAAACCAGCACAGCGGCAGCGCCCUCUUCCAGAACGUGCAGAAGCCAUCUCAGGAUGAGUGGGGUAAAACCCAGGAUGCUAUGGAAGCCGCCAUUAACAUGAAGAAGAACCUGAACCAGGUCCUUUUGGAUCUGCAUGCCCUGGGUUCUGCCUGUGCAGACCCCCAUUUCUGCAACUUCCUGGAGAGCCACUUCCUAGAUGAAGAGGUGAAACUCAUCAAGAAGAUGGGUGACCACCUGACCAACCUCUGCAUGCUGGCUGGUCCCCAGGCUGGGCUGGGCGAGUAUCUCUUCGAAAGGCUCACCGUCAAGUACGACUAGGAGCCUCCGGAGCCCAGUGGCCUUUGAGGAGCCCCUUUGGUGUCAGGGCUUCUGCCUGAAGCCCCUCUCUGCAGCCACUAGGCAGUUUUUAACCACCCUGGAGCCCUCUCCCAAGCCUUGGACCAAAUGGAAACAAUAAAGCUUUUUGCAGCAG